UCGUGUCACCUCCCCGAAAGAGGAAAGGUGUUUUGUUUUGGUAAACAUUGUCCACCUUGCCCGCGCGGUUAUCAGCAAGGACACUAAAAUCCCGUCGCUUUAUAUCCGUAAUGUUGCCGGCAGUUCCAUGACAAAAUGUGCGCGUACCGUGUCGUGAUCGUAUGGUGUUGCACCCUGCUGCUAACGGUUGGGGCCCAAUCCUGCGCGGAGGAACACUGGGAGGUGGUGCAUCGCCGGUUGGGCACGAAAACGCCCUAUCGGCAUGUGUUCCGCGAGGUGGACCGCAAUCCGGUCGAGCUGGAAGGAUGUCGUGUGACGAAGACGUGGGGUCUGUUCCGGCAUGGGACGCGCAAUCCCAAGACCGAGGUGAUCGAUGCGAUGCACCGGGACUUGGUGGAGAUCCGGAACGAGAUUCUGCAGCACAAGCGGUUGUGUCGGCGGGAGUUGGAGCUGUUUAGGGCGUGGACGCCGGCGCGGUUGGACCCGGAUUCUGACGAGAAGUUGUUGGUGGGCGAGGGAGCUGACGAGUUGAGGGAGAUUGGGCGCAGGUUUAGAGUGCGGUAUGGACGGGCGUUGCCGGAACGGUACAACCGCAAGGAUUUCUACUUUAAGUUUACCAAAACGGAACGAGCUGAGUAUAGCGCAAGGAAUUUUAGCUUGGGGUUGUUUGGAGUGGAGGAGCACAUUGAGUUUCCGGAAGCGCUGGCAAAGGAUCCGGUGCUGCGGUUCUACAAGCUGUGCGAACGCUGGCGGUUGGACAUCAAGCACAAUCCGGAAGCUUCGCAUGAGGUUAACUUGUGGUACAAGAGCAAAAUCAUGAAACAGCAGAUCAAGCAUGUCUCGAAGAAGAUCGGAACCUACCUCGAUGCGGACAGCAUCUACUUGAUAUAUCAGACUUGCGCGUUUGAGACCGCUUGGACCAAGCGACACGUGUCGCCGUGGUGUCUGCUGCUGGACCGGUACACCUUCGAGGCGCUGGUAUUCGGUGAAGAUCUGGAGUACUACUGGAUCGAUGGGUACGGGCACGAGUUGACGUACGCUCAGGCAUGCAACGCGUUCAAAGAUCUUUUCGAAAGGUUCGACAACGAGGAUGGGACGAAGGAAGCGUUCACGUUCUACUUUACGCACUCGGGAACUUUGCUGAAGGCGAUGGCCUUUUUGGGGCUGUACAGAGAUGAUUUCCCUUUGACUCAUCGGGACUUUGAGCGGAAACGGCAGUGGAGGGUCAGCGAAAUCGAUGCGUUUGCGACGAAUUUGGUCUUUACCAAGCUGGAGUGCUCCAACGCAACGAAGGUGCUGCUGACGCACCAGGAACGACCGGUGCCGAUUCCCGGAUGUUCUCAGCCGGGACAGACGCUGUGCAGCUACGAGGACUUUCGGCAGUUGUUUAGGGAACGAAUUGAGAGCUGUGCAUUUGAGGGCAUGUGCGCACCGCGGGACGUGCCUAAGAGGGAAGAAUUGUGACUAUAUGAACGUGGGUUUUAAAAUUGAUGAUCGUAAUUUAACGUUAACGAAUAUACAUAAACGAAAUUAGAGAAGCUUUUUACAAAUACGAAUAAAAAGAUCAGUUGCUUAUUUUAUGUGGCUUUA